AUGUCGUCCACAGAGCCUAUGUCAUUUGACGAGAAGCUCCUCUUCAUGAAGGACCUACAAAAGCAGUGCUCGCGGGAAUACGACAUAAUAUACUUGCCGAAUGAAGCACCUAUCAAUGGCAAAUGCCCGAUUGAAAGCUGCCAGGAAGACGUUGACUCACUGGCGAAAUCCAGCCGGAGUAGACAUAUCCAUGAAUGCGUCCGCCGCGAUAAAGCUUCCCAGCUUGGAGUGAGGAAGUUCGACAUGGAAUUCUGCUACGAAUGUAUGGAAUGGUUUCAUACAAAGCACCAAUGGCGAGAACACUGUGAGAAACACUUGCUAUCUUGGGGGAGGCUCCAUUGCGAAGUCAUCAUUUACCGCUAUACUGUCAUCCGACCGGGUUAUUGUCCAUGUUGCCUCUUCGAUGAGUCUCUUGAUGCGGAGAAAAGGCUUCGUUAUUGGUGCCAUAGCAAGAAACUUCGGGACCAUAUCAAGGAAACUCAUCUGCAGGGGAUGAAAUGGCCAGCUACAGAUCCCUUGUGUGGCUGUCCACGGUCUUUUGACAACGCGCAUGAUUUCUGCCAUCACUUGUAUGAUGUACAUGGCUUGGCAAAGGGUAUCUGGCAAUCGCGAAAUGCGGACAAUGAGGACGACGAGGCUACAAAGGUAAUCUGCGUACGUGGGGAAAAAAGAGCUCUCCCAUGGGAGCAGCAACAAGGGAAUGAGAAGAGAAGCGAAAGGUGCGCCAAAGAAGCUCGGACUGACAAUCAUGGCUUGCCAUCUACUUCCAAGGUGGAAUCGAAAUACACUUCAAUGGAGUCAAAGAAAAAGCGGAAGAAGGAAACCCGAUUUUUCCAAUACCAGCCUUCACGCCCUGAAUCUCAGCAAUACCCCUCGAACCACAUUUGUAUCACCAAACCGGCUCGGUUCUCGUUUGUCGAGGAUCAGCAAAGACGAUUUGAGUGCUCUGCUAGAAGUGAUAGGGCCAGCGCGAGCAGCAGGAGUAGUUCAAUUGCAUCUUACGUCUCAGAUGCCGAUUCACGCCUCAGCUCGCAGCCAACGACGCCCGGUCUUGAUGUCAUUGACCCUAGAAUUCUCGUCCCUAUCGGCUUCAACAUAGAGGAUGAUUGCCCGGGUUACGACCAGGAGCCUAUUCAGCUGAAUGCUCAUUCUUUGGGUGAACUCGAGACAAAGGAGUUAAAUGACACGAUAGACCCAAAACCUCCUGUUCCGAGCCCUGCCAAACUAUCUCGUGAAGAUUGUACCAAUGAAGUCAAUGACAACAUUGAUGAUAAGUGCGAGGAACACCCUCAUACGCAGGCAGAACCCGACGGUAACCCCUCUUGUGAUGAUCAAGCUGAUGUCAGCAACUUCCGUAGACCGCUCACGAGAGCAAAGGCAAGAUCACAGCCGCUUCUGGGUCAUCCGGUUGAUUUGGGUACUCGCAAGCAUCGGCGGAAGCUUACCACAAAAGAAAAGCGAAAGCUGCUUGAGCUCAAGGGCCAGAACCUGACCUUGAGGCAGAUUGGGCCUCUCUUCGCAGACGUAGAUACGGCCUUCCUGCGACAGUGCUGGAAGGAUAUGGAGCUUCCUCGGCGAUACACCAGAUCACGGGCAAAUCGAAUGGCCCGUCGUGACUAUGCUCGCUAA